AUGUUACCUCUCCAGUUAUUCCCAUAUCUCUUCCUCACCCUGCUAGCUAGCUGGCCAUGGUUGCAGAAUCGACACUGGAAUUCUCCUCUGGACCAAUGGGGAUUGAAACCAAGACCCUGUUCGAAUCGCCCAUCAAAUGCGAGGCUCGAGUUGGGCAAACUUUUUUUUAGUCAAGGAGGGAAGGGGCAGCUAAAGCUUGGAAUUUAUUCCUUUCUAGGUAGGAGGGGAGGAGUAGGUAACUCACUCUGGUCAAGAUGUGUAUGUGGGCGGGUAAAAUUAAGCACAAACCACCACCACUAUUUUCUCGAGGUAGUCUGCAGAGAUAUGAAGUGGGAUUCAGACCCGAUACCACGUCUACGGUGCUAUGUUCUCAAAUUUCAGCAUCAAAAAAGGGAAAGAAGAGAUUUUUUUUUAUAUAAAACCCCUAAUUGGCCAGAAGUGCUCUGUUCUGCACCCAAGAUCAUCCAGGAAAUGCCCUAG